AUGGUAAAAAAUAAUACAACUAUAUUUUUAAAUAAAAAUAAAGAUGAAUAUCAUUUACCUAUGUAUUAUUUUUAUUGGAAAGAAUUGUUAUAUUUAUUUAUUUUGAUAAUUUUUUAUAUAUUUUAUAAAGUGAUAAGUAGACCUUUAGAGAGAAUAAAAAGGUUAGGUGAUUUAGGAUUUUAUUUUGGUGAUAUUAAGUAUACAAAAGAUGUUGAAGAAAAGAUGAUUGAACGUGUCAAAAGACUUCGUAUUGUUGGUGAACUUCCUCCUGUCUAUCCAAAUGGAUGGUUUUGUAUAGCUCAGUCAAAUGAAAUAAAGAAAAAAUCUAUAUUACCUAUAACUUUUAUGGGUGAACAGUUAUCAUUAAUUAGAAGUGAAUCAGGAGAAGUAUUUUUAAUAGAUUCAUAUUGUCCACAUCUUGGUGCAUCAUUUAAUGUUGGUGGUAAAGUUGUUAAUGAUAAUUGUGUUCAAUGUCCAUUUCAUGGAUGGAUAUUUAAUGCAGAGACUGGAAAAUGUACAAAUAUACCAUAUAAUCAGGCUUCUAUACCUGAACAAGCUAAAAUUUCUACAUGGCAUGUUACUGAGGUUAAUAAAUCUAUUUUUGUUUGGUAUCAUGCUGAAGGUUUUGCUCCAACAUGGGAAAUACCAGAAAUUGAUGAAGUUAAAUAUGAAGAUUGGACAUAUAAAGGUAGAACUGAACAUGAAAUAAUGUGUCAUAUUCAAGAAGUUCCUGAGAAUGGUGCUGAUUUGGCACAUCUUGACUAUCUUCAUCUUCAUGGUGUACAGGAAGGAAAUGAUGUUAAUAAAAUUCCAAUGAAUAUUACUAAACCUUAUAUUAAACAUUUAUGGAAUGGUAGUUGGGAACCAAAAACUGGAGAUGAAAAACAUAUAUCAGUGAUGCAUCUUGAUCAAGUAAUGAAAGCUGGAAAUUUUAGUAUUCCAUUAACUGAAACAAAAUUAGAUGCUAUACAAAUAGGACCAGGAAUAGUUCAUAUGAUGUUUGAUUUUGGUAUUCUUGGACAAGGAAUAGUUUUUCAAUAUCUUACACCAGAAGAACCAAUGUUUCAAAGGAGUCGUUUUGUUAUGUAUGCAAAUGUCCCAAAAUUAUGGGCUAAAUUUAUGAUGAUAAGUGAAGCAUAUCAGUUUGAAAGAGAUAUAUUUAUAUGGAGUAAUAAAAAAUAUAUUAAAAAUCCUUUAUAUGUAAAGAAUGAUGGACCUAUAAAUAAACAUCGAAGAUGGUAUCAACAAUUUUAUUCUGAGAAUAGUCCAAGAUUAGAAAAAAAUGGUACUGUGACAAAUAAAGUUAAAUCAACUUUAGAUUGGUAG